CAGCACUCAUCUUUCUCUUUCUCUUUCUCUUUCUCUCUCUAAAGAAAAAAAAAACUAUUUUCUUUAAUUAAUUGAUUUCUUUUUCUUCUUCUUUCUAUCUUGCAAAAUAUAUACAAUACAAACACACCACCCACAAAGAAGAAAGAAAAAAUGGCACACACAACUCAUCAUCAUCAGAAAAACAAAGAAAGAGUCCACACACACCACCCAUCCUCUCUGUCUCUUCAAUGGCCCAGUUGGACCAAAAUUUAUGUAAAAAAGAGAGUCUUGAAAGAUAGAGAGAGAAAGAGAAAGAGAAAUCAUCAGUGAGAUAGAUAGAGAGAGAAAGAGAGGGGAGAUGUCUUCAAACUCCAACCAAACCCACCUCACACAUACACAUACACACACACGCACAAAAACAAAAUUCACAUACAGACCAAUUAAUUAUGGUUGUUCCACAAAUACCCUUCUGCAACCCCCCAAAAAUCUCCAUCUUCAUCACUCCAUUGUCUACCAAACGAACCGAUAUAUGUGGGCUUUUUGGGGCUUUGUCUUUGGUCAGAGUUUCAUCACCAACAACAGAGAAAACAGGAAAAGCAAGAACCUUCUCACCCCCACACCCACACACACCCAUUCAUCUUUCUUUCUUUCUUUAAACUCUUUCUUCCCCACACCUCGCUUUCUAUCUCUCUCUCAUCUUCAUAUUUCCUUCUUCACUUUCUCUCUCUCUUCUUUUAUCGAAUUACAAUUUUUUUUUUCAACAAAGUUGAGAUCUGAUGAGUAAGAAGAUGAAAGGGGUUGCUUUUGAUUCAUCUCCUCAUGUGUCUUAUGAGGACGCUCGAGCAAGAUUUAAGCAUCAAACCCUCCUCCAAGAUUACCGGGAGUUGGAACAGGAAACAGAGGCUGCAAGAAACAAAUUGGAGGCCAUGAAGCAAAAGAAGCAAACUUUAGAAGCUGAAGUUAGAUUCUUGAGGAGAAGACACAAAUUUCUAUUGAAAUCGAAGUCUACUACAACUUCACAACAAGUGAAAUCACAUAAUUUAGAAACAACCCAAUUCAGAAAAAGCAAGAAGGAAAACGUCCACCCCAAAAAGGCGAAAACUUUACACAAUUUGCCCCCGAUUCACAACCUAAAUCAAAGGGGAAGAGUGUAUACAGAGAAGAAAAACGUUAAUCCAAGUCGACCAACUCAUGGGGAUAAAAAUGUAAAUUUGCGUAGUGUCAACAUGUCGCCGGUGACUGAAUUCAAUCGGAAAGAAAACGGUUUUGGUGGUAAAGAAGCUCGGGUUCCUAUAUUUGACUUGAACCAAAUAUCCAUUGAAGAAGAAGAAGAAGAAGAAGAACACAAUGAUUUAAAGCUAUCGAUUUGUAGAAAUGUUGGGGAUGCUUCAUCAAAUAGAGCAGGGAAGAGGAAGAUCUCAUGGCAAGAUCCUGUGGCUUUAAGAGUAUGACUAAAGGUUAAUUAUAGAUUGGGUUAGGGGUAAUCUUUAUAAGGCCAAGACUUUGAUUUUGACUUGGUAUUCGAUUGUGGUUUCUGUUUUUUUUUUUUUUUUUUUUUUUUUUUUUU